CCCCGUCCCCUGGCGCUCAGAGCCCGAGUCCGCGGGAAGAUGGCGGCGCCGCUCCUGCCGCUCUCCCAGCAGAUUCCCACUGGAAAUCCAUUAUAUGAAUCUUACUACAAGCAGGUAGACCCAGCAUACACAGGACGAGUUGGGGCGAGUGAAGCUGCGCUGUUUCUAAAGAAGUCUGGGCUCUCAGACAUUAUCCUUGGGAAGAUAUGGGACUUGGCCGACCCAGAAGGUAAAGGGUUCUUGGACAAACAGGGUUUCUAUGUUGCACUGAGACUAGUGGCCUGUGCACAGAGUGGUCACGAAGUUACCUUGAGCAAUCUGAAUUUGAACAUGCCACCACCUAAAUUUCAUGACACCAGCAGCCCUUUGAUGGUCACGCCACCUUCCGCAGAGGCCCAUUGGGCUGUGAGGGUGGAAGAAAAGGCAAAAUUUGACGGGAUUUUUGAAAGCCUCCUACCCAUUAAUGGCCUGCUCUCCGGAGACAAAGUCAAGCCAGUGCUCAUGAACUCAAAGCUGCCUCUUGAUGUCCUGGGCAGGGUCUGGGACCUUAGUGACAUCGACAAGGACGGGCACCUGGACAGAGAUGAGUUUGCUGUGGCGAUGCAUUUGGUGUACCGAGCUCUUGAGAAGGAGCCCGUGCCCUCCACCCUGCCCCCGUCCCUCAUCCCCCCCUCCAAGAGAAAGAAGACAGUGUUCCCGGGUGCCGUGCCCGUCCUGCCCGCCAGCCCUCCGCCGAAAGACAGCCUCCGCUCCACGCCGUCCCACGGCAGUGUCAGCAGCCUGAACAGCACGGGAAGCUUGUCCCCCAAGCACGGUGUCAAGCAAACACAGCCAAUAGUGAACUGGGUGGUGCCGGUGGCCGACAAGAUGCGAUUUGAGGAGAUAUUCCUGAAGACCGACCUGGACCUGGACGGCUAUGUGAGUGGCCAGGAGGUGAAGGAGAUCUUCAUGCACUCGGGCCUCACCCAGAACCUUCUAGCACACAUAUGGGCCCUGGCCGAUACGAGGCAAACGGGGAAGUUAAGCAAAGACCAAUUCGCGUUAGCUAUGUAUUUCAUUCAGCAGAAGGUCAGUAAAGGCAUCGACCCUCCUCAAGUCCUCUCACCGGACAUGGUCCCGCCCUCAGAGAGAGGCACCCCCAUCCCGGACAGUUCAAGUUCUCUUGGAUCAGGGGAGUUUACUGGUGUGAAGGAACUUGAUGACAUCAGUCAAGAGAUUGCCCAGUUACAGAGGGAGAAAUACUCACUGGAACAAGACAUUAGAGAAAAGGAAGAGGCCAUCAGACAGAAAACCAACGAGGUACAGGAAUUACAAAAUGAUUUAGACCGGGAAACAAGCAGUUUGCAAGAGCUAGAAGCUCAGAAGCAGGAUGCCCAAGAUCGCCUGGAUGAAAUGGACCAGCAGAAGGCCAAGCUCCGGGACAUGCUAAGUGACGUCAGGCAGAAGUGCCAGGACGAGACUCAGAUGAUUUCAUCAUUGAAGACCCAGAUCCAGUCUCAGGAAUCCGACCUUAAGUCCCAGGAAGACGACCUGAACCGGGCCAAAUCUGAGCUGAACCGGCUGCAGCAGGAAGAGACCCAGCUGGAGCAGAGCAUUCAGGCUGGGAAAGUGCAGCUGGAAACUAUCAUCAAGUCCCUGAAAUCCACCCAAGACGAAAUCAACCAGGCAAGAAGCAGACUUUCCCAGCUGCACGAAAGCUACCAGGAUGCCCACAGGAGCCUGGAGCAGGGCAACGAGGCGCUCGAUGGGGCCCGUGGUGCCAGCCUGACCAGCCUAGCCGAGCUGAGCGAGAGCGCCUCCCUGACAGAGAGGGGCGGUUUUGGAGCCAUGGACGAUCCUUUCAAAAAUAAAGCCUUGUUAUUUAGCAACAACACGCAAGAAUUGCAUCCGGAUCCUUUCCAGACAGAAGACCCCUUCAAAUCCGACCCAUUUAAAGGAGCUGAUCCCUUCAAAGGUGAUCCAUUCCAGAAUGACCCCUUUGCAGAACAGCAGACAGCUUCAAUAGAUCCAUUUGGAGGGGAUCCUUUCAAAGAAAGUGACCCAUUCCGUGGCUCUGCCCCCGACGACUUCUUUAAGAAACAGACAAAGAACGACCCGUUUACCUCAGACCCAUUCACGAAAAAUGCUUCCUUACCCUCAAAGCUUGACCCCUUUGAAUCCAGUGAUCCUUUUUCAUCCUCCAGCGUCUCUUCAAGAGGAUCAGGUCCCUUUGGAACCCUAGACCCCUUCGGAACUGGGUCCUUCAACAGUGCUGAGGGCUUUGCUGACUUCAGCCAGAUGUCCAAGCCCCCAACUUCUGGCCCUUUCACCUCCUCCUUUGGAGGGGCAGGAUUCUCAGAUGACCCCUUUAAAAGUAAACAGGACACUCCCGCUCUGCCUCCGAAGAAACCUGCUCCUCCACGGCCUAAACCACCCAGUGGAAAAAGUACACCUAUAAGCCAGCUUGGUUCUGCAGACUUCCCCGAGCCCCCCGACCCAUUCCAGCCACUCGGGGCUGACAGCAGUGACCCGUUCCAAAAUAAAAAGGGGUUUGGGGACCCGUUUAGUGGAAAAGAUCCAUUUGCUCCCUCCUCUUCAGCUAAACCUUCUAAAGCCUCUUCCCUGGGCUUUGCAGACUUCGCCUCUUUUGGCAAUGAGGAGCAGCAGCUGGCGUGGGCCAAGCGGGAGAGCGAGAAGGCCGAGCAGGAGAGGCUGGCACGGCUGCGACGGCAGGAGCAGGAGGACCUGGAGCUGGCCAUCGCGCUCAGCAAGGCCGACAUGCCCGCCGCCUAGGCGC